GAUUGAAAACUCAUCAAAAUGGCAAAGUCAAAGAAUCAUACAAAUCAUAACCAAAACCGCAAAGCUCACAGAAAUGGUAUCAAAAAGCCAAGGAAGACCAGGCACGAAUCCACCCUUGGCAUGGAUCCAAAAUUUUUAAGGAAUCAAAGGUUUUGCAAGAAGGGUAACCUGAAGCCAGCCAAGCAACUCGCGAGGGCGGCUGAGAGAAAAGCUACCCGAGAAGCAAAGGCCAAGAAAUGAACAUUAGUUGUAAGCAAAUAAACGCAUAAAAA